CGCACCUGUGGACGUCCGAUAAGAGCAAUCCGGUCCGUCUGCUCGUCGGGCAGAUAAGUUCUUUGUUUUGGGCCCACCUCCCACUUGGACUGCAGUGCUCCAAUCAGUUGGAAAAACGACGCAGCAUGGGCCAUACGACGAUCCGCAGCAGAGGGGAGCUCCUGGUAGUGGGCCUACUCCUUACACUGGGACUCCAGGUGGUCAGAUCUGAGUUUGGCGACCUGGCCGGCGAUUGGCUGGUGGAUUAUGGUCAGUCGGAGCUCCGAUUGCUGGAGGGCGAAAGUCAGCAGGUGCAGCUGCAUAUAUACAACGUCCAGCCCAAGGAUGCUUCCUUGGAUUACAGUUUUUUGGUCUACUCGAAGGACGAGCAGAGGGCUUCGUCUCUGGUCACGAUAAAGAAGGAGGAUUUCGAUCAGUUGGGUAGCUGGCGCGGAUUAGUCGAUGUUACUGGCGAGCGAUUUGGAUAUAGUUCGUUGGAGGUGGAGCUGCAAUCGGCUGGAGAGAAGGAGGUGCAUCCGAAUCCCCUGGCCAUCGUGGUCCUAAGAUCGCGGGUGGUCGAUGAACGUGUCACCACCUAUGUGUCCGCCGCUUUGGCCCUGUUGAUGUUCCUCAAUCUGGGCACGGUCUUGGAUCUGCAUCGGCUGGCGGGGAUCGUUUGCCGACCCGUUGGACCGGUGGUGGGUGCGGUCAGUCGGUUUGUGGUGAUGCCCGCCCUUGGAUUUGGACUGGGGCGUGCCCUUUGGCCGGGGGCGUGGCCAAUGCAACUGGCCCUCUUCUACACCGCACUGGCGCCCAGUGGCGGUCUGGCCAACGUGUGCGCCGUCUUCCUCAAGGGAAACCUCAAUCUUUCGGUGGCCACCACCACGAUCAACGGCCUGCUGGCCCUCGCCUUCCUCCCCAUCUGGAUCCUGGUGCUGGGCAGGCUCCUCUACGAGGACGAUGAGCUGGCGGUGCCGUUUGGCCAGCUCUCUGGCGGAGCGGCUGCCCUGGUGGCCUGUCUGGCCAUUGGCGUCCUCCUGCGUCUCUGCCUGCCGCGCACCACGCGCUUCAUCUUCCGCUUCCUGAAGCCCCUCUCCGUCAUCCUCAGCUUGUGUUUGGUGGGGCUGACCGUGGGACUCAACUGGUUCGUUUUCCUCGAGUUUACCUGGCAGGUUCUGGUGGCUGCCCUGUGCCUGCCCCUCGCUGGUUACCUGGCCACCUACCUGCUGUCCAAGCUCCUCUGCCGAUCGGCCACCGACGCCCUGACCUUGGCCAUCGAGGCCAGUGUCCUGAACAUGACCAUGCCCAUUGUGCUGCUGCAGUCCAGCCAGCUGGAGCAGCCACAGCUGGAUCUGGUCCUGGUGGUGCCCAUUGCCUCGUCCCUGAUGUCGCUGGUCCUGGUGAUCCUGUUCUAUGGGGUUCGGCGAUGCCUUGGCUGGAACAAGCGGCAGGAUGAGGAUGGUUUCGAUCACAAGCAGCUGAUCGCAGAGCACGAGGAGCAAGAGGGUGACGUCUACCAGCGGCCUUAAAUCGAUCCUAAAUUAUCGGAUUUAUUGAUCCUAUUGCCUUAUCGAUUGAACCUAUCGAAAGAAGAAGUUUUAUAUUACGUAACUUAGUCUGAGGGUUAUUUUAAUUUCAUACAAUUUGAUAUAAUUUUAGUAUCUAAGAAUUAAGUUUGAAAAUAUUUGUAGAUUGUGUAAUAUUUAAGUUAAUAAAAUAAAAACAAAUUUAUUAAGAGAGUA